UCUCGGUGUUUUCCCCAGAAGAAGGAAGAACCCAGCUUCACGCCGGAGGACGCCGUCCUGGCAGCCGUUGGCAUGGUGAAGUGCAGCCCUGAGCGCGGGCUGCUGGUGUCAGAGAGCAUGGUGCUGGCGCUGGAGGAGCUGAUCCAGGCGUGCUGUGCUGAAGAUGAAGGUGUCCCCGUGGUUCUGGUGUGUGGCCCAAAAAACACUGGGAAAUCAACAUUUAACAGAUACCUAAUUAAUCUGUUACUGAAUCGCCUUCCCUCGGUUGAAUACAUGGAAUGUGACAUAGGUCAGACCGAAUUCACACCGCCCGGAUGCGUGUCUUUAAGUAACGUAACAGAGCCAAUUCUUGGUCCACCAUUCACUCAUCAGCAAACGCCCCAUAAGAUGGUGUAUUAUGGACAGACUAGUUGUGAGCAGGACACGGAAAGAUACUUGGAUGUCGUGAAGUACGUGUUCAGCUCCUACAAGAAGGAAGUGCCUUUAAUCAUCAACACCAUGGGCUGGGUGAAAGGUGAGGGGUUGCUGCUGCUGAUCGAUACCAUUCGGCUGCUGUCGCCCAGCCACAUUGUUCAGAUGGAUGUGUACGACUGGAAGGCGAUGGCUCCGCUCACCCCGGAGUACGUUCACCUCACUCCCGGCCUCUACACCAAGGGCAAACAGCAAGCCAGGUGCAAGCAGCUGGAUACGAGUGAGGUGGAGAGCUGGAGGCUCUCUGAAGGGGAGGGAGAUGCAUCAGCUCCCGAGUUCAAGUUGCUGUAUGUCCAUCCCGAAUUCCCUCGAGCAGGGGUUGCAGGUGAAGCGCGAGUACACAGCGGCGUCUUGCGUGACAUGUCCAUACUGGGUUACCUGGGCCAGCUGCAGUCCCCAGACGUCGGGACAGUGCUUCCCCUGCACACUCUUGUGCCCUACCAGGUUCCCUUCAACGCUGUUGCGCUCAGGGUCAUUCACACCGACGUCGCUCCCACCAACAUCAUGUACGCGGUGAACGCCAGCUGGGUCGGGCUCUGCAGGAUACCGGACGAAAUCAAAUGCCAAAGUGACGGGCCGGUCCUGCUGACACAGACACCGGUCUGUGAUUGCCUCGGCUUCGGGAUUGUCCGAGGGGUUGACAUGGAGAAGAAGCUUUACCACAUCCUGACGCCAGUGCCUCCGGAAAACCUGAGGCUAGUGAAUUGUCUGCUCCUUGGAAAUAUUGCUAUCCCAAACUGUGUUCUCGUGGGCCAGCAAGGAGUUGAUGGAGAGAUCCCCUACGUCACAUCCGAUUAUAACUACAGCAUCUUGGGGUCUGGGAAGCUUAAAAAGAAGAAGCAUUUCAAGAGGAGGGAGUACGUGUUCGACUGCGAUUACACCUGAAGCCUUGGCCGCCUUGGACCCUGGGAUUUGUUUUAUAUGGAGACGGGCAAGAGCCAGGUGUGGUCACAGAAAGAAGCCCUGGGGGCUGCAGAGCUCUGAGGGACCCUGGGCAGGUGUCCGGUGUAGAUACUACAGCAUGUCCGG